AUGUUCUAUAGCGCUCAAGUACUGACCAUCCUUGGUCUUUCUGUGGUUCAAGUAAUGGGUAUAAUUGACCCUAGUCUUGCCAAGACACCACAAAUGGGAUGGAACUCUUGGAACAAAUAUCAAUGCAACGUCAAUGAGACAGUCAUUGUGAACACCGCCAAUGCUAUGGUUUCAAGCGGCCUUAAGGACCUCGGGUACCAAUACAUCAACAUUGACGACUGCUGGGCAUUGCAUCAACGUGAUAACUCUACUCAGAGGAUUAUCCCAGACCCCGAAAAAUUUCCAAAUGGUAUCAAGGGUGUUGCUGACAAAGUGCACGCACUUGGUCUCAAGUUAGGAAUUUAUUCUGAUGCAGGUACCAACACAUGUGCUGGCUAUCCUGGGUCUUACGGAUAUGAACAAAUCGACGCACAGGCCUUUUCAGAUUGGGGAGUAGACUAUCUGAAGUAUGACAACUGUAACAACCUUGGAUUGGCCGGAAAUGCUAGUAUUUCAAGCAAACGGUACAAGCGAAUGGGAGAUGCACUUAAGAACGUCAGUAGACCCAUCUUCUUCUCCUUAUGUAGCUGGGGCCAGGAUGAUGUAUGGGAUUGGGGUAGAUCUGUCGGUGGUCAAUCAUGGCGUAUGUCAGGCGACAUCUCCGACCACUGGUCCAGUGUUGUGUCAAUCAUCGGCCAAGAAGUUCCUAUUGCCAACAUUUCCGCCCCUGGUGGAUGGAACGAUAUGGAUAUGUUGGAAGUCGGUGUGUAUGAUCAAAUGACCAUCACAGAGUACACCAGCCACUUUUCUAUUUGGGCAGCCAUGAAGAGCCCAAUGAUUCUCGGUAACGAUAUCACCAACAUGACAAGUGAUAUCAAAAAUAUUAUUACAAACAAAGAGGUCAUUGCCGUCAGUCAAGACUUGUUAGGAGAAUCUGUGAAACAAAGAUGGGUCAAGGGGGAUACACAAUUAUUUGCAGGACCUUUGUCUGGUCAAACAUAUGUAGCUCUUUUCUUGAACGAGGGUAACUCGACGGUCACGAUGACCGGCACUUGGUCUGAUAUCUUCAACAACAAGCAUGCAAACAAGCAAAAGCCUAUUGCUGUACGAGAUCUCUGGACACAUACGGACUUGGGUAAAUUUAGGGGCAGUGUUAGCGUUAGUGUUGAGGCACACGGUGUUCGCAUGUUGCGAUUUAGUCAACAAGCCUAA